AUGCAGCGCUCAGAAACCCCCACAGCCACAAAUUCCACGACUCUCCCCCUCAAAAUCGACACUCACCACCACUUCGUCCCCGACUUCUACCGCCAAGCAAUCGACGCCGCCGGCGGCGACCCAGCGGGCUUCCCGACCCCGAACUGGACCCUGCAAACCACGCUGGACAACCUCCAAACCAACGGUGUCCGCAAAGCCUACCUCUCCCUGACCUCGCCCGGCCCCACCAUCGCAGGCCCCAACACAACCACCAUCCGCGACCUCGCCCGCCAGGCCAACGAAUACGCCGCCGCGCUCGCCGCCGCCCACCCCACCCAGCUAGGCUUCUUCGCCUCCCUGCCAUCCCCGCUCGACGACCCAUCCGGCACCCUCGCCGAGAUCACCUACGCCCUGGACACCCUGCACGCCGACGGCGUCACCCUCUUCACGCGCUACGGCCCGGACAACCACUACCUCGGGCACCCGGCCUUCCGGCCCCUGUGGACCGCCCUCCACGCCCGCCGCGCCGUCGUCUUCAUCCACCCGACCACCGCCGCGUGCAACGAGUGGCUCAACCCCGUCCUCCCGCCGCCCAUGCUGGACUUCCCGGCGGAGACCACCCGCGCCGCGAUCGAUAUGAUCAUGGGCAACGUCACCCGGGACUUUCCGGACGCGAAGCGCAUCCUCUCGCAUGCCGGGGGGACCUUGCCGUUUCUGAUUUCUAGGGUCGCGGUGACGGCGCGCGCGGCGCAGCAGCAGAAUGUGACGAUGUAUGGGAAGACGUAUGCGGAGUGGAUGGAGGGGGUGCGCUCGUUUUAUUACGAUUUGGCGCUGGUGGGGACGCCGGGCGUGGUGGAUUUGGUGUUGGGGACGGUGGAUCCGGGGAAGGUCGUUUACGGAUCGGAUUUUCCGUAUGCGAAUGCGGAUAAAGUGGCCGGGUAUUGCGAGUAUUUGGAUGAGUAUGCCAUGGACGAGGAGUUGCGCCAGGGGAUUUACUUUGGGAAUGCGGAGAGGUUGUUGGGUUAG